GCGUUGGUGUCUCUCCGGUGUGUAGUUUGUGCUACACAAACUGUUAUUAGUUUCUCGGUGAAAACCAUGAUUUAUUUCAGCAGCAAAUAGAGAACAUGUUUUUGUCGUGUUUUAGCGGUAUUUAAAGAAGCUGUGUGUGUGAUUAAAACUCGCCUGGCGAUGGAGGAGCAGAGUCCUGACACUGAAACUGCUGCAGGAGUAGCUCAGUGUGUGAAAGAGGAGGAGGAGGAGGAGAAGAAAAUGGAGGUGGAGGAGAAGGAGAACCAGGCAGAGGAGGAGGAGGAGGAAGAUGUGGAGGCUCUACCUCACUCAGAAAUCCUGGACAUCUUCGAGGAAGGACUGGCUCAACUUGUGCAGGACCCUUUACUGUGUGACCUGCCAAUCCAGGUGACUCUAGAGGAGGUGAAUUCUCAGAUCGCUCUCGAGUAUGGUCAGGCCAUGACCGUCAGAGUGUUGAAGGCAGACGGAGACGUGAUGCCCAUAGUGGUUGUGCAGAACGCGACUGUCCUGGAUCUGAAGAAAGCCAUUCGUAGAUUCAUGGAGCUGAAACAACAGCGUGAAGGCGGAGUGAAGCACAUCAGCUGGAAAUACGUGUGGAGAACGUACCAUUUAGUGUUUCAGGGGGAAAAACUUGAGGACGACAAGACGAGGCUUAAAGAUUAUGGAAUCAGAAACAGAGAUGAAGUGACAUUCAUGAAACAUCUGAGGAAGAAGUGAAACAAGUGUUACAACCGAUGUCUGACAGAAAACAACAACAACAAAAACAGCAGUUCCUGCAUGUAAAUAAAAUAUAAAACUG